AUGCUCCGGACUCAACGAGUGCUGGUCUUCGGAGUGCUAGUUCUUGCCCUGGGCGAGGAGCAGUGCGUUACAAGCAGUGAGGAGUGCGACUUGCAGGUGGAGCUGAUACAGACGGCCUCCAUCCUCUACUCAGUGGAUGAGAGCCUGAGAUCUGACGCGUUCGAGGAUGCCGAGCUGUCCGCGCAGCCGCACGUACAGCCGCCGACCUCCCUGCUCCGCGCUUUGUUGAGCGCAAGCCAGGCGAGACUGAAAGACGAGGUUCCAGGAAACGGUACUGCAAGCACCAACAGCACCAACAGCACUACGGGGAACGGCACUGGCAGUAGCAGCGCCACUGUCGUUCCCCAGAAUGGGCUGGUGGUGCUGGGCACGUCGAUCGGCACCAGCCUGGUGGUGGUGCUCUUGGUGUUCAUGAGCUUCGGGUGUCUGCGGACUCAGUUCCCCGCGGUGUAUGGCAACAAGGCGCUGGAGCCGGGCAGCCACGGGCACCUGCCACCGGAGCUGAGCGGAUGCCUCGACUGGCUACCGGUGUGCUGGAGUUUCCCGGUGGACGACAUCGCCAACCACUCCAACCUGGAUCACGGGAUGCUGAUCCAAUUCUGCGACGCGGCGAUCAUGUGCUUGCUGUCCACAGGCCUCCCGGCGCUGUUGAUCCUUUGCCCCAUCUACGCCUUCGCGGGCGGUGGGCUGCCGGCGUCCCUGGCGAUGUUCAGCUUCUCCAACGUGGCGAAGGGCAGCUGGGCCACCUAUGCAGCUCCCUUCUUUGUUUGGUACACAGUCAUCGUCACACAGGCCUUCAUCUUCCGGGCGCAGCGCGCCUUUGUGCAGCGCCGGUUCCAGUGGCUCAGGACCAUGCCUGAGCCGAGGGCGACUUCUGUGCUGCUGUCCAAUCUGCCGGACGACCUUUGUAAGGACCAAGCGCUUCGGGAGUUCCUCCAGGAGCAGAUCUUUGGGUCCGAGGGCGGCCGCCAGGUGGUGAAGACUGUGGACUUUUUGAAGGACACCAGUCUGCUGGGCCCGCUGAUCAAGGAGCGCGAGCGCCAUGCUGAGGAGCUGCAGAAGAUCGUCCAGGGCACCGCGCACGAGCGGCGCAAAGCCGUGGCGGGAGCGGAGUUGAAAAAGGUGGAUGCACAGGUGGCCAAGCAGCAGGAGAUCAUCGCGAAGAGCGACGAGCACAAUCAGAACGUUGUGUUCGUGACCUUCGAGGACCGGCACGAUGCGGUCAUCGUGCUGAAGCUCUUUGCCCCCGGUGGCAACGAAGACAUCGUCGCGGAGCUGCCGCCGGACCCCGACGACAUCAUCUGGCGCGACCUGGCCCCCCCGGCUUCGCAGAGGUUCUGGACCUUGUUCGGGGUGGUGCUGCUGGUGCUCCUCUUUGUGCUCUUCAUCCCAGUGGUGGUGGUGAUCAGCGGCGCCAGCCACGCGGCCAGCUUUCAGAGCCACUACGCAUCGGUCGCGCACUGGGCCAAGAGGAACCAGGCGGCUCCAAUCUUCUGGGAUGCCCUGGUGGGGCCUGCGCUCCUGAACUUCUUCAUGAGCAUCCUGUGCUCCAUCAUGGCGUCAAUCAUUUGCACCUUCUUCGUCCUCAAGGCGCGGGGCAUGCUCCAGUAUAUGCUCCAAAGAUGGUAUUACGUUUACCUGGCCAUCUUCGUGCUGCUCAUUGCAUCUGUGGGCACGUCUUUGUCCAGCACCAUCAGCUACCUCUUGAAAAAUCCAAAAGAGAUCCUGACCGUGCUGCCCGAAGCUUUUCCAGGCUGCACGCUCUUCUACAUGAACUACGUAGCAUGGAGCUGGGGCAUCCAGGCCCUGGCGCUGCUGCGCGCCAUGACGCUGCUGCGGUACUUCCUGCUCAGCCUCACCUUCGAGGACCCCAAGGUGGUGAUCGCCAGGGCAGAACCGGAGGACCAGGACUACAACGGCAUGGGCUCGCGCAGCGCUCGACUCACGCUGAUCUAUGUGGUGGUUCUGGUCUUCGGCACGCUGGCUCCCCUGAUCACCCUGCUGGGGGCCAUCUUUUUUGCCUUCUGCCGGAUCUUCUACACCUACCUGUUCGUGUACGCCGAGACCCUGAAGCCGGAUCUGGGAGGCCUCUUCUGGCACCAACAGCUGAAGCACGCCCAGCAGGCCACGUUCCUGUACAUCGCCGUCAUGACUGGGCUACUGCUGAACCGGGGCCCCAACAUCGCCCCUGGCAUCCUUUGUGCCUCGAGUGCGAUUUUCAUGGCCUUCUCGUACUACACCUUCCUCAGCAAGUUCCGUUGGCAGCAGCUUGAGUUUAGCGAGAUCCCCAAGAUCGCAGAAGGAGCAGCAGGCGCACCUCCGAGGCGGGUCUACGGCCACUACAGGCAGCCAGAGCUGCCGCACCGGGUGCCCAAGGAGGCCACGGCGCUGCGGCGCGCGGCCACGACCAUGCGCCAGCGCUUCAAUGUCUGCGGCUGCGACGACGACUCGCCGCAGGGCUCCGCGCGCGACAAGGAGUACCGCACCGCCAAGACGGAGCGCCGCAUCCGCCCGGAGCGGGAGGAACGUCGGCCCGGGGAGAGGACAAAGACCUGGGCUCCUGGAACUGCCGGACACUCCUGA